CUUGUUCAUCAUGCCCUCCAAACUCGCCCUUGUCCUCGCAGCAGCGACUUUCGCCUCCGCGCAAAACAUCACGGUUGCAAAUCUGACUACAGGCGCCAAUUGUGCCUGUACCGAACUGGCGGCUACCUACGGCGAUUUGGUGAUAACGUCGAAUGCAUCGACUUAUACAGCUGAGGCGACUGAUUAUUGGGAUAUCCGAGCUGAUUUGCUGCCGGGUUGUAUCUUCAUGCCUACCGAUGCGGACCAAGUUGCAGUCAAAAUUUUGACUCCCCCACAGUUCCCCGGCUCCAACAUCAAUGGCGGUGUCCUCUUAGCCCUGAACAACAUGACCACCAUCACAAUCGCCGCUGACAACAGCACCUUCGACGUUUCGCCCGGAAACCGCUGGGUCGACGUCUACGAGGCUCUCACUCCCUACGGCUUGUACGCAAUCGGCGGCCGUCUCAAAACCAUUGGCGUCCCAGGUCUCGAGCUCAUCGGCGGCUUCCACUACCUGAUCAACAAAUACGGCUAUGCAAUGGACAACGUGCUCUCCUACGACGUUGUCCUCGGAAACGGCACCCAAGUAGUCGUCAACUCAACUUCCAACCCCGACCUCUUCUGGGCCUUGAAAGGCGGUGCUAACAACUAUGGCAUCGUGACGAAAUUCACGGUUAUAGCUCUCCCGAUCCCGUAUAUCAGUACCACGAUCCAGACGUUCAACGAAUCUGCUGUUCCGGCUUUCAUUGAUGCCACGGCUAACUUUGCGGCGAAUAAUCCUCCGGAUAUAGCUGCUGGGUCUGUGAUCAGUAUUACGUACAACCAGACGACUGGGGAGAUUGUGCCGAGUUUGUUGGGUGUGCAGGAGGGGACUGAGUCGCCCCCAUCUCGAUUUGCAAAUUUCUCGGCUAUCCCAUCGACGUUGGCGUUGAAUAAUGUGUUGACGCCAAUCGAGUGGCAUUCGCAGCUCGAUCCGCCGAAUCAGAUGUUUCGUGUACAAUUCGCUAGCAAGACGAUGAAGCCCAAUUCGACGCAACUUUAUCAAAUUUACGAGGCUUGGAAGAGCGCCUUGGAAGACGUUAGUGAUGUCGAGGGACUCGUCCCGACGUUCGUUAUGAAUACUAUGCCUGCGUCCGCUGCGAGCGUUGCGAUGACGAACGGGGUUGGUAAUACGUGGGGUCUCGAUGAUACUCAAUCUUAUAUCAUCUUCCAAUACUCCACGGGCUGGGCCAACGCAUCAGACGAUCUUCGCAUGUUGAACUGGGCGAGCAAAAUGCUUGAUUACUGGCACCUACAGAACCAGGAGUUGGAAUUAGCGUCCGAAUUUGUCUAUAUGGGUGAUGCGGGAGACUUUCAGGAUCCGUUUGCCGGGUUUCCGUUGGAGAAUGUGCAGAAGAUGAGGGAGAUUAGGGAUGUGUAUGAUCCGUUGGGGACGUUUAAGAGGUUGAAUUGGGGUGGAUUUAAGCUGGGAAAUUAGAGAGUGGUUGAAGGUGUCUGUGGAGAUGGAGGGUGUAUGCUGGCUGCUUUGUUUGAGUAGGGUAGGAGACCUAGAUGGUGCAACUAAUUUGAAAGUUGCUCCUUUCCGGCCAAUGUUGGUCGAUUCAUGACGAAAUUUCUUGUAAAUACAAGCCUUGAAAUAACAUAUUCGCUAUUUUGAUACCGUCUUUUCAUAAAAUUCAGAGUAUGGUUUCGUUGAUUAAAUGUAGCCAUACUUGCGCCCGAAGUGUAGUUGAAUUCUUGGCUUGUUCUUCAGGUAAUUCAAAGUUGUUGCUGUGGCGAUGAACUUUCAACAGGCAGGUUAGGAUUCAAGCAUCAGUGCCGAGAUAAGUUAU